UGCUUAUUAUUAGAGCCAUGGACACGAAUAUUGUUAGAAGCUGACAGGAGACAGGAAAUAAGAGACAUUGUGGGGGGGGGGUUCGUUCUAUUUCAGCAGUCAUUCGGAGUGUGUGCGUAAAACUGUCCUGCAGCGUGAAGUUUUUUUGUCGCUUUUUUUUUUUUUUAAGUGUGAUCUGGCGGUUAUUUAACUUCCUGUCUGAAAUCGCGAGUCAGGCACUCGCCCAUCAUGCGAAACUUAAAGUCAUAGACGCCCUGAGAGAUAGUGAGCGCUUCACUGGCGGAUUAAAUAUCUUUGGAAGAUUCUGGAAUUGUGUGUUUAUUGAGAAUAUCAGUGAGGUUUUACUCUAGGUGCGAUAGAGAUGAUGAAGAGCGUGUGUUUGGUCACAGCAGUUGUUUUGUUGUUAGCCUCUCCCUGCUCCUCUUCUCCUCUGUAUGAUGAUGAUGUGGAUAUUGCUGACCUCAUGCCCGGGAACACACUCGACCCAUUUAAGGUUCACUUCAGCUGGCACAACAUUAGCUGCCCGGUGUGUAAAGCUGUCUUCACCGUUGUGGACAUUGCUCUUUUGAGUGACACAAACAUGGAGCAUGUGGCUCAUGCAGUAGGGGAAGCCUGUGUCCAUUUGCAUUUGGCAGAGGAAAAUGUGUGCAGGGAAAUCACUGAGCUCUUCCGUGAUGACUUCAUCCGUGCCCUCCAGGAGUCUUUUCUUUGGCCAUCAGAGGUCUGCGCCAUACUCGUCGGACCCUCUUGUGGCCAUUUUGACAUAUAUGCUCCUUGGAACAUCACCCUGCCCCGUAUCCCCAAACCUCCAGUGGUCCCUCCGUCACCACCCAAACCUGGCUCGCCUCAAAGCAGGGUGCUUUUUCUCACUGAUAUUCACUGGGAUGCCGAGUACUCAGAGGGUAGCGCAGCCGACUGCAAACAGCCUUUGUGUUGCAGGAAUAGGUCUGGUAGAGCCAACUGGAGACACCGUGCUGCAGGCCACUGGGGUACCUACAGCAAGUGUGACCUCCCACUGCGCACAAUAGAAAACCUCCUGCAGAAUGUAGCCAAAGCGGGACCCUGGGACUGGGUCUACUGGACAGGGGACAUUCCUGCACACGAUGUGUGGUCCCAAACAAGGGCACAGCAGUUAAACGAGCUGACCACCAUCUCCAGGCUCAUCAGGAAGUACCUCGGACCUGAUGUUAACGUAUUCCCAGCCGUGGGCAACCAUGAGAGCACACCAGUCAACAGCUUUCCUCCUCCGUUUGUUCAUGGGAAUCGUUCGUCCCAGUGGCUGUAUAACACCAUGGCAGAAGAAUGGGCUCCCUGGCUGCCUGCUCAAGCUCUAGUGACUCUGCGCCGAGGAGGCUUCUACAUGGCCCAGGUACAGCCAGGUCUAAGGGUAGUGUCCCUGAAUAUGAACUUUUGUGCAAGGGAGAACUUCUGGCUAAUGGUGAACUCCACAGACCCAGCGGACCAGCUUCAGUGGCUCGUACAUAUCCUGCAGGAGGCUGAAAACAAGGGAGAAAAGGUGCACAUUAUUGGCCACAUCCCUCCUGGACUUUGUUUGAGCAGCUGGAGCUGGAACUACUAUCACAUAGUCAACAGAUACGAGAGCACUAUAACAGGACAGUUUUUUGGACACACACACUUUGACGAAUUUCAGUUGUUUUAUGAUGAAGAGACGUUAACCCGAGCAGUCAGUGUGGCUUACAUUGCUCCAAGUGUAACCACGUUCAUUAACCUGAAUCCAGGUUACCGUGUAUAUUAUAUUGAUGGUAACUACUCUGACAGCACUCAUCUGGUCCUGGAUCAUGAGACCUUCAUCCUCAACCUCACCUUGGCAAACGGAUUUCAAGAUAACUCCUCAUGGUUCCCCAAGCCUGACCCAGACCCAGCGUGGACACUGCUGUACCGGGCCUCUCAGGCCUAUGGUGUACCUACCUUGUUCCCAGCUGACUGGGAUGGUCUGGUCAGAUCCUUUACAAAUGAUCGCAUCUUUCAACAAUUUUGGUACUUUAUGCACAAAGGCCAUGUUUCGGAGCCCUGCCAGGAUGUGUGUAAGAGUGCACUGAUCUGCUACCUGCGUAGUGGCCGUUAUGACCUGCUGGAACACUGUGAUCGCAUUGAUGAAGUCAAGAAGCCAAAAGGGCAUUCUGUCAGAAAGACUCUGUGCUGAUCAGAUAAGACACUUGCUGAGGUUAAGAGUUCCACUUAUCACUAGUGACUUUUCAAUAUUGGCCAAAAAUAUUUCAGUGUUUUCACUGAGCCAAGUUUUCAUGGUUUCUGUAACGUGUAAUAUGCAAUUUAUGAUUGUGCUAUAUGUAAUCUAAACAUCAGUCUGUUUUGAGUUACUGUAUACUACAGUAUCCUAAUUAUUUUAUUCCUGAGUGCCACUGGUUUGUAAUUACAGCUAAAUGUCAUUGCAAAUUUAAAUGCCAUACCAUGGCAUUUCUGAUUAUCUUAAAUUAAGUAGUUUGUGACCGUGCUGUAUAACAAUCAAAUGAAAAUACAAAAUGAAUUCCCCUAAUUGGAAACUAGAAUGCACUAGUAAUGCUAAAACCUCACAUGAUGAAAAGGUCAUGGUAUUGAAACUUAUGUAUUUUACCCUUCUAGACUUAUGUAUACUAUCUUAUAUAAAGUGAUAUGAUUUGACCUCAACACCACUGUUUUAUUACUCUUUCCACUAUAUUUGCUAGGACUGAUUUCAUGUCAAACCAUUGAUUUUGGAGUUUGCAGUGUACACAGUUUUGAUAUUGUCCAAGAUUAGAACGUUACACAGGCACCUUAAAAGUUCUUUUAUACGUUACAGUUAACCUCACCUUGUCCUUCAUUGGCAGGGGUAGCAUAUUUAAUGCACAAUCACUUUUGUAACAUAAAAUUGUUGGGUUUGGACCUGGGUUAUGUGUGUAAAAUGAAUUUAACUGAUGUAAAUUUUAUGUAAAUUAUUAAAUUAAUUUAA